AUGGACAGCAAGCCAUUCACCCCAAGUCCUAAGAAGAAUUCUUUUAGACAAGGAAUAGACAAAAAAGUGAUAAACGUCAAACUAAUUUACUCUAAGAAUUAUUUGUUACUCUUACGUGAAGGAAAUAGAGGACUUCCAGACAACUUUGAUACAGACAAAGUUGAAGAAUUGUUUUCAAUUCAAAACGAACUUCAGCAACAAGCGGCUAUACAACCAGAACCUUUUGUUGAACAAGACUGUGGAUGUCUUGAUGAUACUAAAAGAAAACAAGCUAGACAAAAACAAAUUACAUUUGGUAAAGGAACUGUUGAAUAUCAAAACUACAACGCUAUAAUUCCAAAGAACCAAAGGAGAACUACUGACCCAAAAACACCUGACAUUGAAUGUAAUGUUUCAAAAAGAAAAUGGGACCAAAUUGUUAGAAGAUGGAGAAGGGCUCUUCAUGCUUUUGAUAACGUUCAUCAUGAAAAUCAAGUUGAAUUGGCACGAGCCCUAGCUCUUCGGUUAGAAAAUGAACAUGACCCUAAAAGAAAAGCUUUUAUUCAACAAGCCCCUUGUUUCUCAUCAUCUCUCUUAAAAGAUGAACAAUAA